CCAUUUGAGCCGUUCCCUCGGUCUUCCAUUGCCAUGUUAAAUAGCUGGCUCAUCUGCUGCUCCUUUGCUUACCAUCUUCACGAGCUGAGCGCUUGCACGGGAGAGAGAGAGAGAGAGAGAGAGAGAGAGAGAGAGAGAGAUGAGCGAGGAGAGAGACAUCGUUGUUGUCGGCGGAGGGAUAUGCGGCCUCGCGACCGCCCUGGCGCUGCAUAGGAAGGGGAUACAAAGCUUGGUGUUAGAAAGAUCUGAGAUGCUCCGGGCGACCGGAGCGGCCAUAAUCAUGCAGCCAAAUGGUUGGAGAGCGCUUGAUCAAUUAGGAGUCGCCUCGAAGCUCCGGAAAACUGCUAAUGCCAUCGAAUCUGGCCGCUUCGUAACCAUCACGGACGGGAAGCAAGAACCUAUCCCCCUAGGAGGAGAAGUACGUUGCUUGAGAAGAAUGGAUCUCAUCAAUGUUUUGGCUGAGGACUUGCCAUCGAACUCUAUAAGAUUUGGAAGUCGUGUAGUCUCUGUUGAACUGGAUCCAAUUACAUCACGUCCUCUCCUUCAUCUGGAUGACGGAGGUACCAUCAAGGCCAAGGUUGUAAUCGGAUGCGAUGGCGUGAACUCUGUGGUUGCGAGUAUUGUUGGAUUGAACAAAACCGGGCUUUACUCAAUAUAUGUAACAAGAGGGUUCACUCGCUAUGAAAAUGUUCAUGGACUUGGAAAUGAGUUCGUUGUGAUGAGCAGGGAUGGACUUCAACUGGGGUGGCUUCCCGUAGAUGAUCACUUGGUUUACUGGUUCGUGACUCGGAAGUGGACUUCUCCAGAUUCCAGGGUAAUGCUUGCAAAGGAUCCAAUGCUCCUCAAAAGCUCGAUCGUGAAAGCGAUGAAUGAUUUCCCAACCGAUGCGAUACGAAUGGUGUCGGACAGCGACCUAUCUACCGUCCAAUAUACAGAACUACGGUAUCGUCCGCCGUGGGAGAUAUUGAGAAGAAGCUUUUGGAAAGGCACCAUUGUGGUGGCCGGGGACGCCAUGCACGCGAUGGCACCAUUUCUCGCGCAAGGCGGCGCCGCCUCAUUGGAGGACGCGGUUGUGCUUGCUCGGUGCUUGGCUGAGAAGAUUAAGCUAGCUGACGACGUCGAUCGUGGUCCAAGAGAGACGUCGUUAUCAUUUGAGAAGUCUGCCGUUAAGGAAGCAUUUGAAAAGUAUAGCAAGGAGCGUAGGGCAAGAGUGUUUUGGCUAACCAUGGAGACUUUCUUUAUUGGGUCGAUCUUAGGUAGUUCCUCGGGGAUCAUCAAGCUUAUAGUGGUGUUGUUCACGAUCAUUCUCUUCUCAGAUAAAAUUGGCCACACUCGUUAUGAUUGUGGCCGUCUCUGAGAGGGGAAGGCUACUGCUACUAGUUGGAGUCAUUCUGUGAAAGCUUGGUUCAUCAUAAGUGUGCCAAAGCCACGAGAACUAAUAGGGCUUGCUAUGUAAUGUGCGAUCUAUCGCCAGUAUAACCGUAUGUCUUUUAUGUUGAGUGACAAAACUAUUCAUGAUUUGUAUCGAUCUUAAUAAAUGCAAGAAGUGUUUAUGUUUCAGGUAA